CCUGGGACCAGCCAGGACCAGGCCGACAGCGCCCAUGAGCUCCAACAUGGCUGCGGCGGCGCCAACAGCUGUGCCUGCCUCCAGGAAGGAGUCUCCAGGCAGGUGGGGCCUGGGGGAGGAGCUGACAGGCGCAGGGCCCUCGCUCCAGUGCCGCGUGUGUGGGGACAGCAGCAGCGGGAAGCACUACGGCAUCUACGCCUGCAACGGCUGCAGCGGCUUCUUCAAGAGGAGCGUGAGGCGGCGGCUCAUCUACAGGUGCCAGGUGGGGGCAGGGAUGUGCCCGGUGGACAAGGCCCACCGCAACCAGUGCCAGGCCUGCCGGCUGAAGAAGUGCUUGCAGGCGGGCAUGAACCAGGACGCCGUGCAGAAUGAGCGCCAGCCACGAAGCACCGCCCAGGUCCGAAUGGACCGCGUGGAGUCAGACACGGAGCCCUGGCUGGAGCCCCUGGCGGCUCCCCCGACCCCAGCGGGGCCCAGCCCGCGGGGCCCUACACCUGUGUCUGCAGCCAGAGCCCUGGGGCCCCGGGCCCUCACACCUCCAGGCCACCACCACUUCAUGGCCAGCCUGAUAACGGCCGAAACCUGCACUAAGCUGGAGCCGGAGGAUGCUGAUGAGAAUAUUGAUGUCACCAGCAAUGACCCCGAGUUCCCCUCGUCCCCAUACUCCUCCUCCUCCCCCUGGGGCCUGGACAGCAUCCAUGAGACGUCAGCUCGCCUCCUCUUCAUGGCUGUCAAGUGGGCCAAGAACCUGCCCGUGUUCUCCAACCUGCCCUUCCGGGAUCAGGUGAUCCUGCUGGAAGAGGCAUGGAGUGAACUCUUCCUCCUCGGAGCCAUCCAGUGGUCUCUGCCCCUGGACAGCUGCCCCCUGCUGGCCCCGCCUGAGGCCUCUGCUGGUGGCAGCUCUCAGGGCCGGCUGGCACUGGCCAGUGCAGAGACUCGAAUCCUGCAGGAAACCAUUUCAAGGUUCCGGGUACUGGCGGUGGACCCCACGGAGUUCGCCUGCAUGAAGGCCCUGGUCCUCUUCAAACCAGAAACGCGGGGCCUGAAGGAUCCUGAGCAUGUGGAGGCCUUGCAGGACCAAUCCCAGGUGAUGCUGAGCCAGCACAGCAAGGCCCACCAUCCCAGCCAGCCUGUGAGGUUUGGGAAACUGCUCCUGCUCCUACCGGCUUUGAGGUUUAUUACUUCUGAACGUGUUGAGCUCCUCUUUUUCCGCAAGACCAUAGGAAAUACUCCAAUGGAGAAGCUCCUUUGUGAUAUGUUCAAAAACUAGUGGAGGUGGAAAUAAAAUGGGUGCAACCACUUUGGAAAACAAUCUACUGAAGCUAAACAUCU